AUGGCAGAUGUAGAUGAGAAUUCAAAAAAAGAUAUUGAAUCCAAUCCACUCAUCAUACCAGAUUCGUGCGAAGGUUAUCCAUUAAAUUAUUUCAAUUUACCAUUACAUUAUCGUGAUGAUUUAAAAUCAGUCUUAAUUCCUUAUGGAUUUGUUCAAGAUCGUAUUGAAGCAUUAGCCAAUCGAAUUUUUGAUGAUUUACAUAUUGGUAUACCUGAACAACUUGAGGCUGGCUUUCAAGUAGGAGCAGAUACACCAUAUCGAUAUGUUGUUAUUCAUAUACAGUAUUUUCAAUCUGUCAUAAACGAUAUAGGCGGUGAACUAAUAAGCAUGACUCGUACAAGACCGAAAUAUAAAAUAGGAACUUAUCCGAUAGCGAUAAAAAUGCUUGAAUUUCAAAAGAAUCAUGCUGAUUUUUCUUGUCGAUAUCGUUCAUCAUCCAUGCAAAUAUUUUCUACUCAACUAUAUUCAACAUCUGAAGGUCUCAGUAUUUCAUUAUAUCGUGUACGAAAGCAUGAAUUACAAACAAUAAUUAAAGGAAAUCUUCAUUGGCCUCAAACUUUUUAUCAGUUACAAAAUUUAAUUGAUAUUAAAGCUAAUGAUUAUUUAAUUGGUACUUGUAUAUAUGAGAAUAAACCUUCAAAAUAUCUUCGAUCUGUUUCUUCUGAUGUAAUUUGUCAAAUAACAAUAAUGUUUUGGAUAGAACAAAACGAUGAAAUACCAAUAGAAGAGUGUUGGAAUAAUGAUUUUUCUCAAGUUCUUAAUCGUUAUCUUCCAGAUACUGCAAAUAUUCCACCACAAACAUUAUUUGAUAUUAAUCCAACAUAUCCAAAAUUAACACCAAAUGAAUGGGUAAUAAUGAACGAAAAUGUAUCAAUAACAAUAUCGAAAUCAACAAAUAAUAAUACAAGUAUAUUAUUUUUAACGUAUUCAGCAGAAAGUCUUCAUCAAGUAGUUAUUCGUCUUAUACGUCUUAAUUAUAAUUUAUUAUUCAUAGCUUUAACAUUAAUAUUAAUAGUGUUAAUCGGACUUAUAAUAUUCAUUAUUAUUAUUAAUAGAAUUCCAUCAUGGAAAAAUAAAAAAUAUUUUUUAAGAAAUAAGACUCGAUCUAAACCUAUUGCAGUUGGUGGUGAAACAAGUUCAUUAAGUGAAUGGCUUACUAAGCGACGAUUUCAACAAUAUGAUGAAGAUAAUUCUGAUCGUGUUGAAAGUGAACCAUUAACAGAUAAACGUCGAUGGACUUCAUUAAGUGAAGAAAGUGAUUUGUCGGAUAAUGAAAUUUUUAAUACAACUGAUUUUCAAGAAGUUAUACUUAACAGUUGA